GUUUCCACUUACGGAAACUCGCCUCCGCACUUGUCAGUCAAGCCGGGCUCAUGCUUGACUUCCACAGCCCAACAACCCUUCACCGCAGCCCAAUAUCUCGAUCUCGGAAGGUCUUCAUAAUGCAGCUGAAGUUUUUGCCUGGACACGACGGCAGAAACAUUUCACGCGAGCAUCUACGGCACGCUUGUGCCUCUUGCCGUCAGAAGAAGAAGCGAUGCCUGCACCAUAAAUCACGACGCAUCGUACAAUCUGCGCAGGUGGUAUCUGACCUAGAACGUGAGGCGCAAGAGAGCCCUCGUGUCUCGUCGCCACAGCACAGAACCGAGCAACGACAGCCCUCACAUAUAUCCCCCUCCAUCCCAUCAGCGCCAGGGUCGAAUACUAGCAGAGGGAACACAGACCCCGAACAAUUCGCAUGCGAUACCAAUCCUGUUGUCACCCUGCUGGAUGACCCUAAGUCAAGACUCCCAGAGGGUCAAUCUCAGAGAGGGGACGUGGGGGCGUCGUUGCAUCACGAAUGCCUCUCCCCUCCGAUAUCAGAACCACAACCUCACGGACACACAGCGAAUGAAUCUAUAGCACACACGGUCCCUGUGCUACCCCCAGAGCCACAGCAACAGGCCCUCAUCGACAUCUACUUCCACCGCCUCCACCCCAUCCUCCCACUCCUCGACGAAGAAGAAACCCGCUCCCAAUUCGCAACCAACACCCUCCCCCUCCCCCUCCUCCAAGCCAUCUGCCUCACCGCGUCCAAAGACCCCCGCGCCGCGCCCUUCCUCUCCCUCAACCCCGACCCAGCCCUCCUUCCCCUCGAAACCUUCGCCCGACUCCUCCACACCGACAUCAUACGAAACAUGCCCAGCCCCCAAGAACGUCGGAUCCUAACCAUCCAGACCCUCGCCCUUCUAUCGUUGCACGCAUGGGGCCCCCACGGAUGCGACGAGGCCUCCAUAGCAUUAUCCCAAGCCGUCCAUCACGCCCACACGCUGGGCCUGCACCUCGCCCCGCGGCCGGGGCGGAAGACCCCCUCGGCGUCGUCGCCCUCCAGGACCCUAUUCUGGUGCCUCUGGAGUCUGGACCGAUGGAACGCCGCCGUCAACGGCCGCCCGCUGCUGAUCCACGACUACGACAUGGACCAGGAGGUGCGCGACGUGCUGGCUCUGCCUUCGCCUACUUUCUCACCGGCCUUCCGCAUCUGGCUGCGCAUCGCCGAGCACCUCGGCUGGGUGAUCCGGUCGUACCGGCCCGUCCGGACCACCUAUGACAGCCGGGCACAAGACCUGGGGCUCUGCACCUUCGAGGACCUCGUCAACGACUCCGAUGGCUGGGCCAUCGACGCCGAAAUCCUGGAAACCCUGGAACUCUACCACCACGCCGUGAUCCUCCUCUCCAAGCACUCCCAAGGCCUCCAGGGCCGGUCCCGCCCCCGGGCCGCCCAAAUCCGGCAGAGCCAGGCCCUGCACAGCGUGGCGGCCCUCAUCCGCCGCCACCAACGCCAACACCCCCACCCCCACCCCCACCCAACCCCGCCCCUCGCGCUCGCCGCGUAUACAAUCGCACUCGCCUUCUCCAUGACGUACAGCCACCUCAAAGAAGCCCGAUUGCCCAGCGCCCGGGCGCUGGCGCUCGAGCAGCUCGAUCUGUUUCAUCGGGCGCUGCGGGGCUGGGCGAGGACGUGGUGGCUUGCGGCUGUUAUGGCGCAUUUGGGGCGGAAUGCGCUGGAGGGGGUGCAUCCGCAGCGGCGGGAGCAGGAGCUGGGACGGGUUGGCCUAGCGGGUGAUGGUGAUGGUGGCGGUGGUGAUGGUUGUGAGGCUGCGAUCCCUCUCAGCGUUGAGAAUCAAGCGCUGGCGCCUCGUGAGAUUCAUCAUAUUGAUAAUCCUGACGGGGUGACACUGCUGCCCAGCCACUCGGCGGGUGAUCUUCAGGGCGAGGGCCUCGAGGCGCAGACGGCUGAGAUCGCCUCGCUUCUGGAGGGCUGUUCCGCCCUCUCGUCGUCGGAGUACGGGGCGUAUUUUGAUAGCUUUUGGGAGAAUUUUUCGGAUUCGGGGUUUCUGUUGCCGGGGUUCUUCUUGGGGGAGCCGGCUGUUUGCUGA